AUGGACGCCAAGAUUUGCAGAGUGAUUUUUGUUCUACUCAUUGUUGAAUUUGCUGUUCUGCAGGCGGAUACAUUUUACAGUGACUGCUCUGAUGACAAAACGCUUGUCGGUGCAUUCGUGUCAAAUUGCACCCAGGCACCUUGUGUCUCCGAUGGAGGCACAUUUGUAAUGAAAGAAUUCACCUUUCAACCACGAAGAAGAGUUCAAUCCGGGAAGUUUCAGGUUUGCAUAAGCGACUCACAGUCGAAGAAGUGCAUGCGACAAUUGCCCGGGACGGACAACAUCUGUUCAUACAUAGAAGAAGGGUGUCCGCUGAAAGAAGAUGGUGUAUACACGUUUAAAAAAAGCGUCUUUGUACCCGAUGUUGCGGAUAAAGGUGAAGAACGCUUCACGUUUUUCGACGCGGAUUGCAACGUGAUUGCAUGUGUGCAGUUCCCAAUGGAAAUUCGGUCAAAGAAUACGUACAUACCGCAAAUUCUGUACACGGAUGACAGCUAUCCCUGCGGAGACAAAGCACAAAGCAUCACUUACUAA